CUAGGGGCCUCUCUGCCUGCUCCAGCUCCUCGGAUCCAUUAGGUCUUAUCUCAGGAGCUUUCCCAUCUGCUGGCACCAAUCUCCUCACUCUGUGGCCUCCUCUGGGGGCCUUGCCCGUGGCGCUGCAUCCCCGUGCUCUCUGCCCUCCACGUUCUGUACCCGGCCCUGCAGGGAACUGCUCUCCCGUGUAUGUGGAAUGACUUCAGACCUCCCCUUUACUCUUGCUGCUCUCUGCUCCUCACACCUGUCUGUGUCCUCGAGUUUAAGAUUCAGUUUGCUCCUCAGGGUAGAGCUGGGGUUUUCCCAGGGAAAUAAGAUGCAGAAUCAGACCUAACUGGCUCCUCUCUCAUGCCGCAGGAGCAGAAUGUGGACAAGGGAACUCAAACACUUGGUCAUCAAGUCUCCCAGCCCCAAAGUCCCCCAAACACCUUGGAGGGAAAACGUCAGGACAGACAGAAAGAUAUUGAGAGGGGCAGGAGCAGGAUGUGCGUAGAAUCAUCCAAGCCCUGAACGAGUGCCUUGCUGCCCUUCCCCGGGAGCAGCUCUGGAAAGUCUGUGGCAUCGGAGUGUCAGGACAGAUGCACGGAGUCAUGUUUUGGAAAACAGGGCAAGGCUGUGAAUGGACAGAAGGAGGGACUGCCCCUCUGUUCGAGCCCAGAGCCGUGAGCCACCUGGUCACAUGGCAGGAUGGCCGGUGUGGCAGCGGGUUCCUGGCUUCUCUGCCCCAACCGGAGUCCCAUCUCAGUGUGGCCACGGGGUUUGGCUGUGCAACCAUCUUCUGGCUUUUGAAAAAUAGCCCAGAGUUCCUGAAGUCCUAUGAUGCAGCAGGCACCAUCAGUGACUAUGUGGUUGCCAUGCUGUGUGGCUUGCCCAGACCCCUGAUGUCCGACCAGAAUGCCGCCAGCUGGGGAUAUUUCAAUACCCGGAGCCAAAGCUGGAACUUGGACAUACUGAGGGGCUCGGGCUUUCCUGUCCACCUGCUCCCAGAUACUGCCGAGCCGGGCAGCGUGGCAGGCAGAACUUCCCAUGCAUGGUUUGAAAUCCCAAAGGGGACGAAGGUGGGCGUGGCCUUGGGUGAUUUACAGGCCUCCGUCUAUUCCUGCAUGGCCCAGAGGACAGAUGCAGUUCUCAACAUCAGCACCUCGGUUCAGUUGGCGGCCUCCAUGCCUUCCGGAUUCCAGCCGGUGCUGACUCCAGACCCUGCAGCUCCCGUCGCCUACUUCCCCUACUUCGACAGGACUUACCUGGCGGUGGCAGCGUCACUCAAUGGGGGCAAUGUGCUGGCGACAUUCGUCCACAUGCUGGUCCAGUGGAUGGCGGAUCUAGGCCUGGAGGUUGAAGAAUCUGCUGUGUAUUCACGCAUGAUCCAGGCAGCUGCACAGCAGAGAGACACCUGCCUAACCAUCACUCCCACGGUGUUGGGCGAGAGGCACCUGCCGGACCAGCUGGCCUCGGUGACCAGAAUCUCCUCCUCCGACCUCUCCCUGGGGCACGUGACCCGGGCCCUGUGCCGAGGCAUUGUGCAGAACCUGCACUCCAUGCUUCCGUUUCAGCAGCUCAAAGAGUGGGGCGUGGAGCGGGUGAUCGGCAGUGGCAGUGCGCUGUCCAGGAACGAGGUGCUGAAGCAGGAGGUGCAGAGGGCUUUCCCUUUCCCAGUGUCCUUUGGGCAGGAUGUGGACGCAGCUGUGGGGGCAGCUCUGCUCAUGCUCCAGAGAAACCUCAACAAGAAGGAGUCUUAGCACACUCUUUGGCCAAGGGACUGUUGCAAAUUUUAUCUACUUAACAUUCCUGACAUGAUCUUGGGGUCAUCCUUUUUCUGGACAGCUGGCAGCUUUUAAGCAAUGCUCGUUCUCAGGACACUAUAUUGACCAAGAACCUACCUUCAGGGCACACUCUAAUAAUGCAGCCAGGAGCUAUCAAUCAGGAGUCAUCAACUAGAUUCCCAAAUCAGUGCCUUCUGAAAGAGACUCACCUGGGAGCUGGUUGCAAAUAUAAAUGUGGGAAAAAGAAAGAGAGAGAAAGAAAAGGAACAGUAGCCCAGCAUCCUGAUCAGCAGGCUCACAUGUGAUUCACCUAUAGCUAAAGAGAAAAUAAAUGUGGACUUCAGAUACCAAAAAGUCUGGUGCUAUGGGCUCCGAGUAAGAAAAGAAGACCU